AUGAAGCCCGUCGUGUCUGCUAUGAAUGCGUGGACCUGCUGUGUCAUAUCCAUAUUCGCAGUUAUCAUCCUCUCGGUCAUCGGAUCUCUUUUCAAAAGCAACCACCAUUCCAUGACUGGCUCAAAGAAAGACGCAGAACACCCUGCAGCCGUUGCAGCUUCGAUAUUUACCGCCGUAGUCAUCUAUGCUUGCUUUGCCGUUUUCUGUGGUUUCCAGGCAUUUCUACACAUGCGAUCAAGUCAACGGGGAGCGAUAUCAUUGAAUUAA